CUACAGUAGUACCAGAUCUAUAGAUCUCAAGUCCAAAUUUGUUAAGUAGUAUCUAAACAAAACAAAACAAAAAAACCUAUAUCACCCUUAUAUAUAAAAAAGUACUCAAUCCGUGGGGUAGGUCCUUACCGCGUUCUCACAAUCAAUUAUUCGUUAGAUUAUUAUGAAACUAAGUCACACCUUGCUUAUUGGACUUUGACGAAGCUCUCAAUAUGCCAAUCAAUCUUGAAUCAUGAUACUCUCAACUAAAUUAAGUAUUUACAAAAUUAAAAAUAAUACCACCAAAGAUAGAAAAUGACAUUCAUGGCAGGUUUGAUUGUUCUCAUCAUCGAACAUUCAACUUUCGAAAGUCAUUUUUAAAAAAUGGGCAGUAAAAUCAAAAAAUAUAUAAGAAAAAAAAUAAAAGUAUCUAUUGGAGAAUAGUCAAUACUCCUACGGGUUAUCAUGAACUUUCAAUCUAUAGAUUAUCAAAAUUUAUGUUGGUCGCUGUGUUGUUUAUCAGUGUCAGGGAAAAUAACCAAUAUCCUAAAUGUUCUUGACUCGAAUGACAUAAAUUAUUUUGCGCGUAAUGUUUAGUGUUUCCAAACAUUUAACAAUUAAAGAUUGGUUUUCAAUGAAAUGCAAAAAAGAAGAAGAAGAAGGAAGAACAUAUAGUGAAGAUAAAGUUUUCAUUAAGGAAGACGAAGGUAUUGUAAUUGGUCGAGAUGAUGUUGCUUUUCAUGGCAGAACGAUCACAACAAAUUUCUAAUUUUGAGAUUAAUAAGCUAGCCUACUGUAUAAGAUAAUAAAGUUGAGUAUCAUGGUUGAAAAACGAGACAUAAUCUCUUACAUCGAGAGUUUACAUACCUCCACGUUAGGAAUGAGUCAACGUUGAUAAUUGAACAACCAUUAUAUUUUUGCCAUAAAUUUUCAACAUAUGGCUAUGGGAGAUAUAACAAACUGUCAAUAAUUAGUUAUUAAACAUUUUAAUUUAGAAAUAUAUAUUGUUUAUGACAAUGAUCAAAAUCAUUGAUUGAUUGUUGACUACAAAUAUUAAAUAGUAGGAUGUUACAACAAAACAAACCAUUUCGAAGAUUCGAAUAAUAAGGUAAAAGGAUAAUUUGAUUUUACAUAAACAUAAUUGGUGUGAUCAGAAGGUGAUUUCAUGAAUUGAAGCAAUAUUCUCCGCAUAGUAUUAAAAAGACAAUCGUUAACGCAGAUAAUUAUGAUUGCCAUCCACUGGGGCGAGUGUGGGUAGCAUGGGAUGAGGAAGUGCAGGGGUCUAUACUUUGUACAGAUGCAAACUUCAUCCAUGCUUUAGUGUCAGUUUCUCCCAAGGUUCAGUUCUUCUUCACAGCAGUAUAUGCAUCAAACGACGAGGCUGAGCGAUCAGCAACUUAUGGUAGACUAAGGAAAUUGAGAGUCAGAGGUUUUCCAUGUGUGGUAUGUGGUAAUUUUAAUGCCAUCAUCAACCAUUUGAGGCGUCUAAUAUGGGACCUGUUACACCAAGCAUGAGUGCAUUCAGAGAUUGGAUCACAGAGAUGGAGUUGAUUGAUCAUCAGGCAUCUAGCUCGUUCUUUACUUGGACAAAUCAGCAGAGUGGGAAUCCUAUUGCGAGGAAACUUGACAGAAUAUUGGUAAAUGUAGAUUGGCUUGAUGGUUUUCCAGAUAGUGUGGCUGAAUUUCUUAAUCCAUCUUUCUCGGACCACUGUGGGAUGCUCGUAAGACCCAGUAGACCUAGGAAAUCAUUCCCAAAACCUUUUAGGUUUUUUGAGAUGUGGAUGCAACACCCUUCCUAUGAUGUCACAGUGACUGAAGUAUGGAACCAGCAACUACAAGGCCCAGUUCUACAGAGAAUAAAAAGGAAAUUCCAAAUGUUAAAGAUAGAACUUAAGAAGUUAAAUAGACAAGAGUUUAUGAAUAUUUCAGAUAAAGUGAAGGCGGCUAAUUCCAACUUGGAAUUGGCUCAGGCUCAAGCUCUUGAAGAUCCUACCCCUGUCACUUUUGAACGAAUGCAUCUUCUCACUGAGGAGUUGCAGUACUUACGAAGAGCAGAAGAAUGCUUCUAUAGGCAGAAAUCUUGUAUUAAUUGGCUUGCACUAGGUGAUAUGAACUUAGCUUUCUUCCAUAAGGCAGUAAAGAUAAGGCAGGCGUGCAAGCAACUGAGGAGGUUGAUCAGUAACUCAGGGGCUGAAAUCACGAAUGAAGAGGAAAUUGUAGAGGAGGCAGUGGGAUUCUAUAAGAAUAUGUAUGGUAUAGUGAAUCCAGAAGUUAAACUAGAUUCGACAGUCAUUGGAUCUUUUAUAAGGAAGCAGGUUAGUGAACAAAGCAAACACGUGCUAUGUGCUGAAGUAACUAAUGAAGAAGUAAGAGUUGCACUAUUUGCUAUGGAUCCAUUGAAAGCUCCAGGCCCUGAUGGGUGGACAUAAGCUUUUUCCAGAAGCAUUGGAGUUUAAUUGGCGGAGACAUCUGUGAUGGAGUUAAGGAAUUUUUCAGAACAAAAACUUUGCCUUGAGGUAUGAAUACUUCAUCUCUUACUCUUGCCCAAAAAACAUUGAAUGCUGACAGAAUGACAGCCUUCAGGCCUAUAGCGUGCAUUAAUGUACUCUAUAAUAUAAUUGCAAAAGUAUUAAAGAAUAGAAUACAUAUUGCACUUCCUGAAGUGAUAAGUAGAAAUCAAUCAACGUUUGUUAAAGGAAGGAGUAUUCUAGACAACAUACUAAUGGCGCAGGAGAUGGUGCAGAACUAUAAUAAAAUUAAGAUUGCUUCUCGCUGUGCAAUUAAAAUAGAUAUGCAUAAGGCUUUCGACUGGGUUAACUGGGAGUAUUUAAUCUGUGUGAUGAUGCAAAUGGGUUUCCCAAGCGAGUUUAUUGAGUGGAUAAAGGUUUGCCUCAGUUCUGCAUAUUUCAGUAUCAACUUGUAUGGUUCAUUGUUUGGUCUUUUCCAAGCUCAGAAAAUGGUUAGGCAGGGAGAUCCUCUCUCUCCCUACCUCUUUACAAUUGUCAUUGAACCUCUCUCAGGUAUGCUUGAUUUUGCAGCAAGUUCUAAAAGGAUCCCUUACCAUCCUCAGUGCCGAUCGAUAGGUCUGACACAUCUUUAUUUUGCUGACGACCUGUUGAUCUUUACCGAGGGAUCAACAGCCGCUCUGAUGAAAAUAAGGAAUUUAUUGAAUGAAUUUUACUUGUUAUCGGGGUUGAGCUGCAACCCGCAGAAGUGUGAGGUAUUUUUUGGUGGACAUGCGCAUUUAUUUAAGCAGAAUGCUAUUGAGUGGUCUAGUUUUGCAGAAGGGAAGUUACAUAUGAGAUAUCUCAGACUUCCACUGAUUUCAGGACGGUUGUCUAGUAGAGAAUGUGAAGUCUUGGUGGACAAGUUAAUAGGUUGAAUCCGUUCUUGGCAGGCCAGUAAGCUCUCUUAUGAAGGGAAGCUCCAGCUAAUUUCUUCUGUUCUUUACUCACUUGUGCAGUUUUGGAUGAACAUAUUCAUAAAAUCUGUUCAGAUUUUCUGUGGCAUGGUGAAGGCACUGACCGAGCAAAAGUAGCUUGGGAAAUUGUUGUACUGCCUAAAAAGGAAGGUGGAAUGGGGUUGAAGGAUUUGGGAAGUUGGAAUAUGGCAUGUGUGGCUAGACUGUUGUGGUUAAUACUAAUGAAGAGUGAGAGUUUCUGGGUUGCGUGGAUACAACGAUAUAAACUGAAAGGGAGAUCUAAUUGGGACAUCCCUCUCUCUCAGUCAGGGUCAUGGAUCUGAAGAAAAAUGCUUAGCUCAAGAGGAUGGUUUCAGUACAGAUUUGCUGUGGAUGCUGCAGGUGAGGUGCUCUGGGAAGGGAAGCUGAUGCCACUUUUUUGGUGCAGCAGUUGUGGUUGUCGAUCAGACCAUAGAGGGCUAAAGUGGAUUGGUAGAAAAUAAUCUGGAAUAAGUUUGUGAUACCUAGAAACAGGGUUAUUGCUUGGUUGGUAAUAUUGAACAGGAUCACCACGAUGGACAAGCUCAACCAAUGGGGGAGGAUCUCUGACUCACUGUGUGUUUUAUGCAAGGCCGAAGAAGAGACCCGAGCUCAUCUUUUCUGCACCUACUCUUAUGCUUUAGAGUUUUUUGCAGCGGUUUUUGGCUCUAGUUGGUGGUCAAUGAAUUGGGAUGCCCUCAUGAACUAGAUUCGAAGACGAAGCAAUAAGGCAGCAAGGGUUUGGUUUGGAGUGCAAUCUGGUGCUGGUGUAUUAGUGCAGUAUGGAAAGAGAGAUGCGCUCGGAUUUUUAAGGGAGAGCAGCAAACUGUGGAAGAGAUUACAAGGCAAUGGAUAGCUGAAUUUAACUACUUUGUCGUGGGAAAGCCAGAGUUCUAGCUGGAAGAUCAGAAGAUUUCUCACUUAAGUGGUCUAUUGUAUUCAGAAUAGAAAGUUUGAAAGUUGUUUUGUUUUUGUCUUUGUACGCAUAAUAGUAGAGCAUAACUCUUAGUUUUUUGGAGGACCCUGUUUUGUCAGGCGGAGCUUAAUAAAAUGUUCGAUAAUUAUCGGAAUUUUUUUUAUCAUUAAUGGAGAUGAAGACAUUAUUGGUGGAGAUGAUGAUGUUGCUCAUGGCGGAGGGAACAAAAACAAGUAAAAAAGAAAACGUUCAGUAAUCUCAAACGAAGAUGAUCAAAUAGAAGAGUGAUUUGAAAAAUGUCUUUAGGAGUCGGUUCCUUGCAUAGGGUUUGUCUUUCAUUUUCAUAAGAAGAUUUUAGUCUAUAAGUUAUUAAAAUGUUCGAAAACAGUGUGAUGUUGAUCCUUUUGAAAUUUUUAAGUAUUUUGAUAAUUUUGAUUCUCUCAUUUGACAAAUUGUUAUAAUACUAUCAAAAAAUGUGUAUCUCGCAUAUAAAUUGUUACGGUUUUUAUGUGAUUGCGGCUGAAUCCGACCAGGGCCUGUGACUAGUUUAUAUAUUAUACCAAUUACUUGAUGAUGAGGGUUAUUAGGCUUCUCCUUCCAUUUCUGACUAAUUCAUUAACAGGUUGUUUACCACUAAAAGUCCGGAUCCUUGCCGAACAACACUGGUGCAGAUUCAUCAUUACUGGUACAUAUUAACCAGACUGGACCACCUUUACUUCCUUUUUGCAUCAGUACUACUGUCCUGACUAAGAUAAUUAAGGGGCUUGCUAUUUGCCGCCAACCAAAUUGCUAUUUGCCGCCAACCAAAAAAAAAAAAGUAUAUAUAUACAUCUUUGGUUAAGGAGUUUCACAAUCUACAACAUAUCCAACUUUCAGAGAACGUAUUGAAUCAGAAAAAUUCAACGCUCCCCGGAAAAGUCGCCGGAAAAUCAUCGAUGAAAAAAAAAAGUAUAUAUAUACAUCUUUAGUUAAGGAGUUUCACAAUCUACAACAUAUCCAACUUUCAGAGUACGUAUUGAAUCAGAAAAAUUCAACGCUCGCCGGAAAAAUCGUCGGAAAAUCAUCAGGAAAGCCUAUCCUUGACAUAUACUGCGUACACGCAUCCAUGAAUCAUCACUAACCAUCAGACAAUAUGAGCAAAGUGCUACACGAACCAUGUGUAUCAAACCCUAAAUCCUAAACCCUGAACCCUGAACCCUAAACCCUGAACCCUGAACCCUGAACCCUAGACCCUAAACCCUUGGUGGUCGGCAACGAGCCAGGCAGAGAGACCCCCGAAGAGCUAGGGGAAGGGGUAGGGGUAGGGGUAGGAGCAAUGCAUAGUGUUGCAAUGCUCUAUUUAUAUGUUGUUGUUUUUCUAGUUGUAUUUUUAAUGACCCUAGUGUCAUUAUGAACUUAUGGAUUUUGUUGAUAUGACUUGAAUCGGACUAUCAGCCGCCCACGGUAUAUGUUCUCAAUGUUAUUUGGGUUCGGGUUCUGGGCCUGGUCUGUAACCGUUUCCUUUGCCAGAUUGGAUUAGGUUUAGACCCACAUGGAGAAGUACUAUAAAUACUUCUCAUACUCCUCUGUAAUCUGUAAUCUCCUUGAUAUAGUGAAACUGGCUCUCUCUCGCCCGUGGACGUAGCUAACACACAUCGUGUUAGUGAACCACGUAAAUCGUGUGUCUGUGUUUUCGAUACUCGCUCUCGUAUUCUUGCUUUGUCGAUUCCUGCGAUUUCUCGAUCCGUAGCAGCGCGUUUAUAACAGAUUUAAUUAUGGAUUUCGAGCGAGUUCGGGGUCGAUUGGACGAAGAUCGGGCGCGAGGCAAGUCAAAAAGAAAGCCACACGGGCACACACACAACUCACACGGCCGUGUGAAGUUGCACUUUGGCCGUGUGGAAUUCUGCGAGGCUUCACACGGCCAGGCUGGGUGAGCUACACGACCGUGUGAAGUUGCACUUUGGCCGUGUGGCUCUCUGCGAGGCUUCACACGGCCAGGCUGGGUGAGCUACACGGUCGUGUGAGGUGAACUACACGGCCAGGCUGGGUGAGCUACACGGCCAGGCUGGGUGAGCUACACGGCCAUGUGAAGUUGCACUUUGGCCGUGUGGAAUUCGGCGAGGCUUCACAAGGCCAGACUGGGUGAGCUACGCGGCCGUGUGGGAAGCCUGAAACCCAAUUACUCGGGCCGAAAAAAAUUUGCGGCCGGUGCGCCGCCGAGCCGAAAAAAAUUUGCGGCCGAGGCGUCGCCGGGCCGAAAGAAUUUUUCGGCCGGCCGUCGCCCCGGCCACAAAUUUUUUUCGGCUCGGCGGCGUUCGGGCCGCAAUUUUAUUUCGGCCCGCCGUGUUUUUCUCAGGAAAACUGGAAAACUUACUGGAAAACUGGAAAACUAGCCGGAAAAAGUAAACUUACUUGUUUUUCGACGAUUGAGGGCGACGGGAGGUUAGCCGACGACGGAAGAACGGUGCCGGCGACGGAGGCACUGGGAAGGAAGGGAAAAUUCAAAAUUUAAAUUCAUUUUUUUUUAAUUGGCAGCAAAUAGCAAUUUGGUUGGCGGCAAAUAGCCGUUCACAUAAUUAAUAUGCGGCAGACGCGCCCAAGCUACUGUCCUCAAAAUGAUUACCAAAUAACACAAAAGUACUAACUGCUUAUAAUGGAGAUUGACUGAAUUGUAUUUUCCAAACUGCGAAUUUUUAAUGGAUGUUACUUAUACUAAUUCCAUGCUACUUUCGAAAAAACUACUGUUCAGUUUAGUUCAUGUGUAUGAGAAAUUUUCCGAUCAAUUUUAUAGACGGCUUCUUAUCACCAAAAAUUUGAGAUUGUAUAGAUUUAAUCUAUCUAUCUAUAUCUAUCUAUCUAUACUAAAUAUUAUGGCUAUUCAAAAAUAACUUUGUGCCACAUAAGCACUUGGUGAAUGCACAAGUUGCCAAGGUGGACAAUUUUAUUUUCAAACAAAAAAUUAUUUAUUGAUCUAUUUAUGAAGUUGUCUCUCUCUUAUUUUAAUAAUUCUACUCAUUUUUACUAAAAUUAAAAUAAGUUAAUUUUUUAGAAACAUUUAAACAAAAAACACAGACCUAAGUAAUAAUAAAAAAUUUCGAUU